AUGGAACACGCCAGACCACCACCCGAGUUAAACAUGGAGGGCGGUCCCGUUACGCGGGCCGAUGCGUGGAAAAGGUGGAAACAGCAAUUCCUACUUUUUGUGAAGGCCUCCGGCGUGAGCAGCGAGUCCGCCGAAGUACAAGCCAGCCUGCUUGUUAAUCUGAUCGGUUCAGAAGGUUUCGAUGUGUUUCAAACAUUUACAUUUGCCGCCGACACGGAGAAAGACGACGUGCAAGCCAUUAUUAAAAAGUUUGACGCGUAUUUCGGCGCCAAAGUAAACACAACGUUAUUGAGGUACAAAUUUUUUACACGUAACCAGGAGGAAGGCGAAUCGAUUCAGGCAUAUGUGACAGCGCUGAGGCUGUUAAGUAAGAACUGCGAGUUCAGCACUCUAGAGGACGAUUUGCUUAAGGAUCGCAUAGUGUGUGGCGUUCGGAACGUCACCGUGAGAGACAGGCUUCUUCGCUGUGAAGACUUGGAUUUAGACAAAGCUAUCAAGAUGUGUCAAGCCGAGGAAGCUUCCAAGGAAAGCGGGUGCCUGCCAGGUAAAUACCAUAUAGUUGUAGAUAAAUCGGUGCCGCCGGUCAUAAGCGCUACUAGGAAAAUUCCAUUAGGCCUGAGAGAUCGCCUGCAUGAUGAGCUCAAAAACAUGGAAAAGAUGGGGGUAAUCAGGAGAGUAACGCAUCCUACUCAAUGGGUGCACCCCCUAGUUUUAGUUGCAAAAAAGAACGGCGGCAUACGCAUAUGUCUUGAUCCGCGCGAGCUAAACGUGGCGGUGCGGCGCGCGCACUACCAGCUGCCCUCGCUCACCGAGCUGGCCACGCGCCUGCGCGGCGCCACCUGCUUCUCGGUGCUGGAUGCCAACUCGGGCUUCUGGGUCGUACAGCUGGACGACGAGAGCGCCGACCUGUGGGUAUUGGCUUUGUACGAUCUAGAAGCUUCGGUGCUGCUAUCGGUCGAUGCGUCGCGCGACGCCCUGGGCGCUGUGAUCAUGCAGGGCGGGCGGCCAGUGGAGUUUGCUUCGCGUACCCUGACCGACGCGCAGCGCCGUUACGCACAGGUGGAGAAGGAACUGUUGGCGAUAGUGUUUGCAUGCGAGCGCUUUCACCAGUACAUUUUCGUGGACGGAGUAAUAUUUAAAAACAACUUAGUAUUAGUACCGCGAGCGCUAAGAGCAGACAUGCUCGAAACUAUUCACGAAGGGCACAUGGGUAUUGACCGGUGCAAGCGGCGCGCGAGACAGGUCGUGUUCUGGCCUGGCAUCACGCAGGAUAUCGAGGCAUUUGUGAAGCGCUGCCGCACCUGUCAGGAGAGUCUAAACGCUCCCGCGAGAGAACCACUGAUUCCAGUUGAGAUUCCUGAGCUGCCAUGUACUAACGCACCGUCCUCGGAUUCGAUGCAGCCAGCGUCAGCUGAUGCCCACGACGAGUUCAAGGACGCGUGCGAGGAAGUAGGUCAAACAAGCGAAUGUAAAACUGAACCUAAUGCUGUCGACAAUAAGGCUGAUAGUGGCAGUAGGCCUACUGUUAUAAUGACUCGUAGUCGAGCCAAACUUAUUAAUCAAAAAUAA